AUGGUCUCAAUUAAAGUCACUAAUGAUAAAGUUAAAUACAACAGUGAUAACACUGUUUUAACUUCUUCAUAUACUUAUCAAAAUUCAAUUGUUGAACAAAAAGGUGAUAUCUACAAUGUUAAACCAUUCACUAGAGAAUAUGAAUUUAAUGUUGAUUUAAAAGUUCCAAAAACUGGGUUAUUAUUAGUCGGUUUAGGUGGUAAUAAUGGUACUACUUUUGUUUCUGCAAUUGAAGCAAAUAAACAAAAAAUUAUUUUUAAUAAUAAAGAAGGUGAAGUUAAAUCAAAUUAUUUUGGUUCUGUUACUCAAGCUUCAACUGUUAAAAUUGGUAUUGAUGAAUCUGGUAAAGAUGUUUAUGUUCCUUUUAAUUCAAUUUUACCAUUUGUUAAUCCAAAUGAUUUAAUUGUUAGUGGUUGGGAUAUUAAUGGUGCAAAUUUAAAAGAUGCAGCCAAAAGAGCUCAAGUCUUGGAAUAUGAUUUACAAUCUAAAUUAGGUUCAACUUUAUCCCAAUAUUCACCAUUAAAAUCUAUUUAUUAUCCAGAUUUUAUUGCUGCUAAUCAAGAAGAUAGAGCUGAUAAUAUUUUUAACAUUGAUUCAAAUGGUAAAAUUGAUCAAUCAAAUAAAUGGGAUCAUGUUGAAACAAUUAGAUCUGAUAUUAAAAAAUUCCAAUCUGAUAAUAAAUUAGAUAAAGUUAUUGUUUUAUGGACUGCAAAUACUGAACGUUAUUCUCAAAUUAUUGAUGGUGUUAAUGAUACAAGUGAUAAUUUAAUUUCUUCAAUUAAAUCAGGUCAUAAAGAAGUUAGUCCUUCAACAAUUUUCGCUGUUGCUUCAAUUUUGGAAAAUGUUGCAUUUAUUAAUGGUUCUCCUCAAAAUACUUUUGUUCCAGGUGUUGUUGAAUUAGCUGAAAAAGAAGGUUCUUUCAUUGGUGGUGAUGAUUUUAAAUCUGGUCAAACUAAAUUAAAAUCUGUUUUGGCUCAAUAUUUAGUUGAUGCUGGUAUUAAACCUUUAUCAAUUGCUUCAUAUAAUCAUUUAGGUAAUAAUGAUGGGUUUAAUUUAAGUUCAAAUGAACAAUUUAAAUCAAAAGAAAUUUCAAAAGGUUCAGUUAUUGAUGAUAUUAUUGAAUCAAAUUCAAUCUUAUAUAACAAGGAAUUAGGUGAUAAAGUUGAUCAUACAAUUGUUAUUAAAUAUUUAAAAGCUGUUGGUGAUUCCAAGAUUGCAAUGGAUGAAUAUUAUUCUGAAUUAAUGCUUGGUGGUCAUAAUAGAAUUUCAAUUUCAAAUGUUUGUGAAGAUUCUCUCUUGGCAACUCCAUUAAUUAUUGAUUUAGUUAUUGCAACUGAAUUUUUAACAAGAGUUUCUUAUAAACCUUUAGGUUCAAAUGAUUCUGCAAAAUCAUUAUAUCCAAUCUUGGGUUAUUUAAGUUAUUGGUUAAAAGCUCCAUUAACAAGAAAAGGUUUCCAAACUAUUAAUGGAUUAACUAAACAAAAACAAGGUUUAGAAAAUUUCUUAAAAGCUUUAGUUGGUAUUCCAAUUUCUGAUGAAUUAAGAUUUGAAGAAAGAUUAUAA